AUGCAAGUCGGUGCCCACGCCGCCGCCGUCACCGAGUACGUCGUCAUGGACGGGAGCAAGAAGCGCGGAGGCGGCAGCGCGGGGCAGAAGCAGGCCGUCGUCCACCGCAAGUCCAUCGACACAUUUGGGCAGCGCACGUCCAAGUACCGCGGCGUCACCAGGUAUCCCCAGUCCCCCUCUCCCGACCGUCCGUACGCCGUGGCCGAUGUCGUCGCUGUCGCACCCGCACCAUCCGGCGGCGCCCGUCCCGCACGAGUCGCUCACUGGCCGCGUGGUUUCCACCGUGUAAAAGCAGGCAUAGGUGGACGGGGAGGCGGGUAUGACAUGGAGGAGAAGGCCGCGAGGGCGUAUGACCUGGCGGCGCUCAAGUACUGGGGGAAGUCCACACACGUAAAUUUCCCGAUCGAGGACUACAGGGAGGAGCUUGAGGACAUGGAGAACAUGACCAGGCAGGAGUAUGUCGCUCACCUAAGAAGGAAAAGCAGCGGGUUCUCGCGUGGUGCUUCGAUCUACCGUGGAGUGACCAGGCAUCACCAGCACGGGCGGUGGCAGGCGCGCAUCGGCCGCGUCUCCGGCAACAAGGACCUCUACCUUGGAACAUUCAGCACGCAGGAGGAGGCGGCGGAGGCGUACGACGUGGCGGCCAUCAAGUUCCGGGGCCUCAACGCCGUCACCAACUUCGACAUCACGCGGUACGACGUCGAGAAGAUCAUGGAGAGCAACACGCUGCUCCCGGGCGAGCAGGUCCGGCGCAAGAAGGACGGCGGCGCCGCCGCGGCGUUGGUGCAGGCCGGCGGCAGCUGCGUGGUGGACACCUCGAAGAUCCAGGCAGCGGCGCUGCCGGCUGCUGCCGUCGGGCGGGGCGGCGGCGGCGGCCAGCAGCAGCAACAGCACCAGGACCUGCUGUCGAGCGAGGCGUUCUCUCUGCUGCACGACAUCGUGUCCGUGGACGCUGCUGGGACGGGUGGCGGCAGCGCCAGCGCGCACACGUCGAACGCGUCGUCGCUGGCCCCCAGCGUGAGCAACUCCCGGGAGCAGAGCCCGCACCGGGGCGAUGGCGGCCUCGCUAUGUUCUUCGCCAAGCCCGCGGCGGCGGUGCCCAGGCUGGCCUGCCCGCUGCCGCUGGGAUCCUGGGUCUCGCCGUCGGCCGUGUCGUCCGCCAGGCCCGGCGUGUCCAUCGCGCACCUGCCAAUGUUCACCGCGUGGACCGACGCAUGA